ACGCGGCGCGAUCCAGGGACGAGCUCGCGCAGAUGGCCAAGGCUAACGCCGCCGAGGCUGAAAAGAACGCCAAGCUGACCAAAGCCAUGGCGGCGGCGAAGUUCGCCGCCGCGCACAAGCAUCAGCAGCAUAAGGAUGAGAAAGGCAGGUUAGUCGCGCAGGUGGACGCCGCCAAGACCGCCGCCGACGCCGAACGCGCCGCCGCCAAGCAGGCUAAGAUUCUCGCCGACGCGGCAAACACGGAGGCGCGCAAAGCCGAAGCCGUCGCUAAGCAGGCGAAGGCCGAGGCGACUCGAGCCCGGGAGGAAUCCGACGCCGCGAAAGUCCAGGCCGCCGAGGACGUCGCUAACGCCAAGGCGAUCGCCGCCGACGCCAAGAAGGAGGCGGAGCUCGCGCUCAACGCCGCCAAAACCUCCAGGCUAGACGCCGCCGCGGCGGCGAAGAAGGCGAUGGACGCGCAGCGAGAGCUGGCGCGCGUCAAGGACGCCGCGUCGAGGGCUGAAAAGCUCGCGACCGCGAAGAUGCAGGGCGCGGAUCGAAAGACGGCUCAGUUGAUGGCCAAAUCCGCGUCUCUCGAGCACGAGAAAAAGUCGCUCGCCGCCGAACACGCUGAGACCAAGGCGACGCUUCUAUCCGUCGAAGCGGCUUUGGCGUCCGCCACCGACGCUUUGGCCAGCUCCGAGGCUUCGAACAAGUCCAUCAGGGCCGCGGACGCUCAAAAGUACGCAAAGGAAGUGGCCGCCCUCAACGCCAAGUACGACGCGAAGACGGCCCAAUUGGCGGUUGAACUGGCGUCAGCGAAAGCUGCCAACGUCGCCGCGUUUGAACUCGCCAACACGUUGCGGGCGCAACACGCCAAGGAGUGCGCGAGGCACUCCGCGGAACUCGCCAAGGUGAAGGACGUGGCGAAGAAGGCGUUGGACGCGGUCAAGUCCCGGGAGGCUGACGCGGAGCGCAGGGCCGAGCGGCUUCACGAGGAGGUGAUGGCGCUGAAGGUUGCGGCGGCGGAGGCGCGAGAGUCGCUCGCCGCCGCCGAGGGUAACGUUCUCGACGCCAAGAACUCAAGGGCGUCGGCGGUGCGAGUCGUCGGGCUCGUGAGUGUCUUCUCCGCGUAUCUGGUCCUCAGCGUCAAGCGCAAGUGAGCGAUGAGACCCUCGGAGAACAACAACAAGAAGAAGAAGAAGAACAACAACAACAACAAGAACCGUGUCCGCCGCCGUUCUUUCCGCGUUUUCACAUCCAUUUUUAUCGUACAACCUCAUCACACCC